CCACAACCCUAAGGAGUCAUAAGUAUGAUGUUUACGUCUAUCCUAUUCAACAGAAUAUCCAAAUUCAACUAAGAAGUUCAUUGUCUACGUAGUAGUUUCUUAUCAAUGGAGACAUAUAUCUAGAGAAAUUAUAUUACCGAAAGUUCCCGGAAGAAGAGCUUUGUACUGACCGCGAUGACACUUUGUUUUAUAGAACCAAUAGCUUAACUGUUCCGAGUCUCCAAACUAAACCGACAUUCCACGCCAAGAAAAGAAAUGUGCCGGAGUUAAUCUAAUGUUUUAUAAUAUGACAGACAAACAAACAAACAAGUGAAGAACAACGUUGCCGGUUGAUCUUUAUGCUUUGUAUAAUUAGAGCUUCUUCUCUGCCAUGGGUAGUUAACUAAUUUUUUAUAUUAUUAUUACACGGCAGCGAGCAACUUAAUAAUUUAGAACUUAAACUAAUCAGAUCAGUGUCAAGAACCAGUUGAUCCCAAUAACUCGAGUUGUAACUGGUUCUUGACAUGGUAUUAGAGCCUUCUGUGACCGACAGGUCUUGUGUUCGAUUCCCGGUGACCCCCAUUUGUUAAGCACAUGGUAUUAUUGUCUUCAGACCUGUGCAAACUCCAAGCCCUUGUGAGUGGCUUUCGUUUGAGGGGCCGUGUUAGUGUUGUGAUAUAUGAUCCAUGAUUGAACCUCUCCCAACAACUCGAGUUAUUGGGAUCAACUGGUUCUUGACAAUCAGGUCAUCAUGUAAUGUCGGAUAUUGGAUCAGUCGAUCCAAAAUGUAUGUUCGGCCAUGACAUAAUGAAUCAUCCAAUCGACAAAUUCUUGUUGAUUUUACCUUGUUUUGAAUUCAUUGGAGUGAAAGCUCUAGGUUGAUUUGUCCUCUAGUUAUUGGGGGUGAUGCAGUUUAACUUGCUGCAAUGAUUGGUUUAAAAUAAUUACUUUCACUCCUUUAGAAACAGUAGAGCUAUAUUGUCUGAGUUGGGGACAUGAAUAAUUUUUGUGAUUUGUAUGAGUAUUAUUAGAACCAUGCAUGUUUUUUAUAUUGGAAACUUGUAUGGGUGGUUGAUCCAAAGCAUUUAGUCUAGGUUAGAAUUGUCUAACCGGUUCUGGUCUUUUGGCUAACCGGUAAAAUGGACUUGUUCCUGGUUCAGUGUAAACGACGGUUCUGGUUCGAGUAUAUGAUACCCGAUUGUUGGUUUUCACCAAACGGACUGGGAACACAACCGAGAACCGCAAAUUCCUUUUUAUUUAUGUAAGAAAAAUCAUUAAAAAAUAUGAUGAACUAGUUACAUCUUAGCGAAUUCACGCAAAAACCACGGAGAUCUUGACCAUCAAGCUCGAUUCGGUUUUGCUGUUUCUGGUAACUGUUAGGGUAUUGGUUUUUUUUACGACCUUUAGCUUAAUGGGUUUGUUACAGUCUCAUCUAUGAAUUCCUUAAAUGGGUUUUUGGUUUUCAGUUUAACUAGGGGAUGAGUUAACCUUCUUGGGUUGGAAGUUGGGAGAAAGAUCCAGAAAUUAGGCAAAGAGUAGUGAUGAUUAAGCCAGGCAAAUGACAGCAGCAGCUAGACUAGAAAUAAAUAUAAUGUGGCCAUAGCCCAUAUGAGCAACUAGAUUGUUGACUCAGAAUUCUAUCGAGGAGAAUGGAAAAGGACCAUUAAUUACUUAAUGCAUGCACAGGUAGGAGCAUUAAAAUGUUCCAAUCUUUUUUCUUAAUGUAAUAUGCUUAUUCUAUAUUCACUUUUGUUCUCUAGCCGUGUAGCCAUGUCGUCUCUUGCAAAACGGCAAUGUCUCUAUUGACAGAGUUGCCAUGGAUGGGCAAUAAACCGGACCGGAUCUUUUACCUAAUCUGGUGUCUGAAUGAUGCAGGCCCGGUUCCAAUCCUUGCAGUAUCAUACUUAAAAAGGGUCUUGAAAGGUGAACCACAAUGGGACAAUCCGGAAUUCGAUUUCUGGGCUACAGCCGAAACAAACCGCUCUUUGAGGAGCUUCCUGAGUCGAGGAAGCCAUGGAGACGAAGAAGAAGUUGAUGACGACCACCACUACAAAAAGCUCGAAGCAGAGUUAUGUUUCCCUUUGCAGAAGCACCAGCCGCGGAGCAGCUUGUCUAAUUUGCAGGCCAUAGCCGAAGGCAGGAAGCAGCUGAUGGAGCUCGCCGGAGAUAUGCCGGACUCCAAUCUCGAACUCUCCCUCAAAGACAUCGUGAACGAAUGGAAUGUUUCCCCGUCUCGAGCAAUAACAGAAGGGGAUCAUGUGGGGGUCGUUAAAGGUGGGAGCUUUCAUUUUGCGACGGAAAAGCAGAGCAGCAGGAGAAACAACAGUAUGCAGCAGCAGAAGAAGAACGCGGCCAUCAAGCCAUUUGUUGUCCCGAGGAGCUAUAGUGUCGACAAAGGGACCUUCUUGAUCAAGAUGUUCGGUCCGUCUACUCGCAGCAGCUGGAAAACGAACGUGAAAUCUUCGUCGUCGUUGAAAGAAGGCUGUGCCGUCAGAAGCAGCAGCAACAGAUGCGGAAGCUCUAGAACUACCAGCAGAAGCAGCAGCUGUAGUAGUAGCGGUUUCAGUUCCAGCAGUACUACCAGACUCAGAAGGCAGAGCAGCGUUACCACCACUUCCACUUCCUUCCUCGACUGCUUAACUUGCUUGCCUUCCUUUUGCGCCAGAGGAACCCACAAGAGCAAGCAACGAAGUAGAGAGUGCAUGUUUUGAACAGGGAAAUCACACUAGAGAUCGAACCGGUCUACUGGUAAAAAAAUCGUUGGCUCCUAAUCAACAGGAAUUGGCAGGUCUUCUCAUCAGAAUCUUUCCUUGACUGACAAGUAAUUGUAAACCCAUGCCAACUUCUCUUCUCAAACAUUGGCUUGGAAUAGGUUCUCAUGGUAGAAACUGUUGUUCAUCAGGUGUUUUGCUCUAAGCUUCGGAGACUUCCUCGUUCGCACUUCUCUGUACCAUAGCACAGUCGUCGAACUGUGUUCGAUUGGUUGGCUAGUUCGAUUGGUUGGCUAGCCGGCUGAUAUGUUGGAUGCUCUGUUUUUUCCGUUCUUCUAAACACUGAGUACGACUGAGACUGAGACUGGGACUGAGAUGUCUUGUUGUUUGGUUGUAUUGGCUAAAUUGAUUAAACUAUUGAGACCUGGCCAGGAUUAACAAAUGGAAGCCUUUGUGGUUUUUAAUGCUUUGAACUACUUUCCUGUAGAAUCUUGUAGCAGAGCAGGAGCUUGAUGGUCUCAGUUUAACCAGAAGACUCUGUCCUGAUUGAUGUUUUGGGUAAUCAGUAGGGAGUGGUGGUUCGGUUAAAUCAAACAUAAAACCAUUAGAAAUUA